CUGAAGCCUGCACAGUUCAAAACAUGCUGGAGUCGAAAUACAUUUUAAAUUCUGUCAUUAUUCCAUGGCAUGAAACAGAACAGGUAAUUUGUGUGCAGCCAGGUUUUACAUACACAGCACUGAAAUAAAUGACCUGCUACUUACUGGUGCUGAUUUGAAAAGAAAACUUGGCCAGUACUGUACACCAAACUCGAUGAAAUGUUUUACUGCCAAUUGAGGAGUUUUAUGUCUCAUCCAAAAGGCAGCAUCUCUCCUAGUACAAUUCUUGCUCAUUAACUCUUAACCCCAGCACCUCCAUAUACAAAGUUUAAAAUACUACCACGUGCCAAAGCUAAAAUUUGAACUUCAUUACCUUUGCAAUAUUGUAUAUUAAGAAUAAUCUUUUUCUUUCUCAGCAAAAAUCUACAAAUUGCACAUUCACCAUCGUCUACUAGGAGAAUAAACAAGCACUUCCUGCAGCAGCAUCUGGGAAAGUGGGAUGUGACAUAAGAAACCGCAAAGAUCCUGAUGAUUUCUAAACGAAAGGACAUUAUUGUUGGAUAAAUAGUAUUAAGAAUUUAUUAAGUUGUUGGGAUUUUUGUUAAGCCACAACAAACAUGUUUUAUAAAUUAUUUGCGAAAUAAUUGUACUAUUUAUUGUUAUUCGUUAGUAAAUAUGACACGGGGUGCUGGAAUCGGUCUUGUAAGUAUACAACACUUUAGCAUUCUUUCAAUGUUAUCCACCGAUCGAAGGUUACACUUCUCACUGCCAUUACGCCCAUUGGAAUGAAUGUAAUUUUUUUUUACAAGAAAACUCGAAUUAGUUUACUGUGUUCGGACUUUUUAUAUAAAGAUCAUAUUUCAGUUUAAUGAAGUCUUGGCCUGCCUAUUCAACAUUCUUCAAUGAGUUAUCCUCUAUUUGCAAAACAUUACGUAACACAGCCUUCCCGAAUGUAAAUUGAGCCCUAUAAACUUAAAGAACUUCGGCCUGGUAAAUACAUUCUCAUAAGGCCGAUCACAGCCCAACCUAAUUGCAAGGGAGAUAAUGGACAGUGAUAUUCCGCAAUAAAACGACCAGGUUUUGGAGAACAGUCCUUCUGGAAAAGCUCAAGGCGGGACUUUGGUCGACCAGGUUCAGUGGAGAGCUUAGACCUUUGAAGAAUUCUAUGCGAAGCGUGGUUCUGAAAACCCCAAACAAAACUGAUUCCGUUUGUCUUUCCUAAACAGGAGGGGGACUCAGGGUAAAAUCUUAGCUGGGGAAGAGGCAUGGAGGGUGCCGAAAGACGUUCGAUUUGUUAUUGAUAAGGAGGCGAUGAGGAGAGAGCGAAGCGGAGGGGUUGAAGAUUGACAGUAGAACUGUCCAAUCACCGGUGUCCCUGGGGGGCGGGGCGGUUCACUUGGUUCAUGUGGGCGAGGCGGAGACGACGCGAGGAGACCGUGAUUUUAAAAGAAACGGCCGGCGGCGAGCCAGCAGCCAGUGCGCGCGCGCGGCCGACAGCUGGAGCGCGCGGUGGGCGCGAGCCCAAACACAAGCGACAACAAAUCGCUGUCAGAAACGGUGCGCGUCACACUCCAGGCCGUCAGCGGCGGUGCGCGUCACACACUAGGUCGUCAGCGAUUCAUUUCAGCGAGAAGACCUGGAAGAGAAGGGAGACAACGGGAAGAAAAUCUUGGAUUGAACACGAAUGGCCUUCAGCGGUACCGUGCGGCGCUAACCGAUCCGGUUAACAGCUGUCCUGUCUUUCCCCCACCCCUUCGCUCAGCCGAAGGAAAAGUACAUUUUUUUUUCUUCUCCCCCUUUUGCCAAAUCAAAACGGAAAUUCUCCUUCAACAAGAUCGCCUAAGAAACAAAAUGCGGCGAAGCUGAAAGUUGUGCUUGUAUUCCAGUUUUAAAUAUUCGUAAAGGGGUCUGUCGAUCAACCCUGCGAUUGUGUGGUUGAAGAUGAUGCAGAAGCAGCUGCAACGGGAUGAGGUUUACCGUUGGUUCGGCGAGUUAAAUUCCUCACAGAGAGUGGAUUUCAUUUGUGGGUUGCUGGACCUCUGUAUCCCCCUGGAGUUACGCUUUUUGGGCGCCUGUCUAGAGGACUUGGCCAAAAAGGACUACCAUUCUCUCAGGGAUUCCGAGAUCAAAGCUAACAACGUGGCUGACCUAGCCAGCUUGACCAACAUGACAGACGAAGUGGUCCGCAGUAAACUCAUCGUCUCCUUGGCCUUACUAUGCUCCGACAACAGGGAGGCGUCCGGGGUCUUGUACCGCACCCUUACCCACAUCGAUUCCAUCAUCAAUAACUAUGGCCUUCAGCUUCACGACAGGACUGGCGAUGAAUUCCUGCUCUUAUUUACCAUGGCUUCCAACCACCCUUCCUUCACCUUCCAUCAGAAGCAGGUCCUGAGGCAGGAGCUGCUGGAAAUCCAGAGAAUUAUCGAUAGUACUUCCAAAACAGCCACUGUCCCCGUCGCGGCCACAUCGACUACUGCAGCCAACUGGAACAGUAGUUCAGCAAUCUGCAAGAUAGUACACAGACCUGAAAGUGGUGUGCACUGUUUGCAGAAUGCAUUACGGACAUCAGCACAUUCCUAUGAGGAAUCCCCCCAAAAACGAUCUUUAGGCAAGCACUCAAAAUUAAGAAUUGAGAGGAUAGAUCUUAAAGGACUACAACACAAGAAGAAUGACAAAAUGACUGAAUAUUCCUUUGAGGUUAUGUGGUCAGAUGCUUCAGUGACUUUUGUAACCAAGUCUUAUCGGGAAUUGAAAGAAUUUCUUGCAAAGCUUCCCCAAAUGUUUCCAGAUGAAAACUUGGAAAGUGCCAUUCCAGAAAUCAACAGCCAUGACUUUUGCACAGAGGAGAGAAAACUUGUGGAUCUGGAGCCUUACCUCAGAUAUUUGAUAUCCUUGCCUUCUCAUAUGAUCAAAACUGACCACAUACAGAAAUUUUUCAGCACCACUACAGUUAAUCAGACCAGCCAGCAUCUGAAUACCAAUUCUAUACCAGUAAUGUUACACAAAGCUAACACAAGCAAUGGUGCAGCUGUAAGGCCAAUAUGUGGUGUAGCCAGCAUCCAGUGUUCCCAUAGCACACUACAGCCAUCAGCUUCUGUUUCUUCUUGCCCACACACUGUCAGUGGAAGCUCAGCACCAGUUGCUUGGCCACAUGCUGAGAACAUGAGUCCACAAAAUACAGAACAAAUUGGAAUUCUUGACUGGCUUAAAAAGUUGCGACUGCACAAGUAUUAUCCUGUUUUUAAACAACUCACAAUGGAUAAGUUUCUCAGUCUUACUGAAGAAGAUCUGAACAAAUUUGAAACACUCACAUUAGGAGCAAAGAAAAAGUUGAAGAUGCAAUUAGAACUUGAAAAAGAGAAGUCUGAGAGAAGAAAUAUCAACAGUGUGGGUCAGUCAGCAGUUUCUACUGCUGGAAUUGCAAGGGUGACACCAACAAGUCAUUUUGGUCCUAUUCAUUCCAUCCACUGCAACCCUGCUACAGAGCUCCGAAUGGAGGUAGAACAGCACAAUCGUACAGCAGCAAAAGAUAGUGGAUCUUCCUCUGAAUAUUCAAGUUCACCAUCAAGUCCAAUAGGAAUCCAGGGAAGGGAGGAGAGUUCAGAUAGUGCAGAUGAAAAUGAAAGAAAUGCGGAAACUGUUUUUGACAUUCAAGUAAGGGAGAAACCAGCAAUGUUAUCAAAUCAGCUGAGUAACCUAAACACUGGAUCAUGGAGACCCACAGCACAAGUCUCUCCAGUACAAAAUGAGACUGGAUUAGCACAUCCCAGCCAUGUAUCUUCAGCUAUUUCCACAGCGCAGAUCAUGCCAGUGAUCUCUUCAAACAUUGCUCCCAGCCGAAUGCUGAAUUCAGUACGCAAGUCAGAAAGAAGCAGCUUUGAUAUAAAGCCAAUAACAGGGAUAUCCUCUCCAAUCCAUGGAAGUCCAGCUGUUGACCUUGGAAACAAAAUUCAUGAAGGACCUGGCAAUAGCAUCAAAGUGGAAAAAAAGUUUGGCUCUCUUGGACCUGUAGUUGUAGAUGUAGUGCCAACCCCUCCUGUUCAGGCUUCCCAAAUAUCUACAAUUGCGUCAGAAAAUAAUGGGAUUCCAUCUAAUGUUAUAAACUUUGGAAUUAGGACUAAAGUUGGACCUCCUUCCUCCAUUGAUAAUGCAUCCAAAACUACUCCAUUAUCAGUUUUGAGAAUGGACACCAGUUCUUCCACUAAUGCAACAUGUAACUCUGCAUAUAACAUUUCUCAGUCCCCUAUGAAACUUCUGGUCUCUUCUCCCAUUCCUACAGAACCAUUGCUGGUGGGACAAACUGCCUAUAAUAGUGUUGUACAAAUGAAAAGUGUAUCACCUGCUGUAAUAAGCUCAAGAACAGUUCCUUAUUCAGCAAACACCAAAGUUGCCUUUUCAACAAUUCAAUGUUCACCUGUAGCUUCCAUCUCUGGCACUUUCUGCACGAAUAACAACAAUGCACCUGCCAGCAGCCACUCUUCAGUAUCCUUCACAAACAUUGCAAGUAUGCCAAAUUGUCCUAUCCCUAGUUCCAGCCCAACCAUCUCCUCUGUGGCUGAAAACAGUUAUAUUAACAGCAAUAAUGGUAAUGGAGGCUCAGGAAUGAAUAUCCCAGUGCAACAGCAGCAGCAAUCUGGGUGUAACGUCUGUAGUUCUUGUGGCUGCAGUGGAAACUGCGGUUCCAAUCCUGUGACUAUUAACUAUGCCAAUUACUUCCAAAGCCCAUUUUCUGGGCAUUCAGUGUUAACUUUUCCAAUUUUUCCAUUCAGUCCUCUAUGUAAUAAUGGUUACAUCAACACCCAAUAUAAUAACAGUACUGCCUUUCCCUAUCCGGUUGUUCCAUCCCCUGCCUAUAAUAGUGCAGUAACUCCUGAAUCCAUCUUAAGUGGACCAUCAAACUUUGUCAUGCCUCCCAUGCAGAAUUUCUUGGGUGGUACAACUGCAGUAUAUCAGACACAACAUGUACUAGGAAGCACAAAUGGAUUAGGACAUAAAAAGAAUGGACAUAUUUCAUGCUACAACUGUGGGGCUAAUGGGCAUCGAGCUCAGGACUGCAAGCAGCCAGCAAUGGAUUCCAAUCAGCAAGGUACUUUUAGACUGAAGUAUGCACCUCCAUCUGAAAGUAUGGAUUCAACAGACUAAUAGUUGGAAAUGCACAUUGAUAUGAAUCACAGUGUGCCAUUGAGUAUAAUAGCAGCAGGUACAAGGAAGGAUACAAAUAUGUUCAGUGGAUAUCACAUCCUGUUAAAUUAAUUUUGUUUUUUUUUAAUCCAAAGGUGCUUUUUAAAAAAAUCUUAUACGGGAAUAUAAACUACACUGUGCAUGUACUAGCUGUAAAUAUAAGUAUGAUGGAGUUUUAAGAUGUUAUGGCUAAAACCAGGAUCAGUGUACUUAGCAAAAAUUGUGCAUUGGCACAAAUGAAAAUGAAAUUUAUCCUGAACCUUUAAGUAACUAUGGCUGUUUCUAGGAACUAAAACAUAACAGCAGAAAUCUUCCAGAGUAACCAUUUUCCUUUUGAUGGCCAAUACUGUACAGCUUUAUAAGAAUAGGAGAAAAUUUGUGUUGAUUGUUGGGUUUAGUGGGAAGGGCAAGGAAUGAACUAACUCCAGAGAGAGUUACAAGGAACUCAGUUUCAAAUAAUUCAUUGUAAAAUUUACAAUGCAACAUUGGUGGAACACAGCAGAAUUCUACGAGGUACUCUCAUAUGACCCCCAAGAUAGGGAAGAUAUUUGGAAAAACAACGCCGAAAGAACUGAAGAACUUUUUAAGCCUCUGAGAAGUUGCUGAAUAUAAAUAUGAUUGGGUGGGAAAACUUGUAUCUGUUUUUGUAAGGUUCUUCAACUUGUAUAUUUUUAAUAGAGAGACCUUUACAUGUAAAAUGAUACAAAAAUAUUUUUUGUAAAAUUAGUUCUGUUUUGUAGAAAUAUCCUGUCAAGUUCUCCUGAAUCAAUUUGUCAUGUUUACAAGUGUUUGUACCUGUGUGUGUGUGUGUGUGUGUGUGUGUGCGCGCGUACAUGUGUUUGAGAGAGAGAGAGAAUGCGUGUGUACAUGUAAGUCAAUCAACAGCUGUUGUAGAAGAAACUUUACAUACAGUAUGAUAGCAUUUAUGAGAAUAUUGCAUUGGUUUUGCAAUUUAUAGUUUCAAUGAACUUGUAUUACACACUAAAUCAACAAAGUCAGUUUGUUAAUUCUUUUAGUGUGAGAAGGUAGCCUGCUAUUUUGUCAUCAUUUGGAAUAUGAGAACAGAUUCUUUUUGCUUUCACCCAUGAGAAGAACAUCUUGGUACAUUAAGAUAAAAAUUGGAAGAAUUUUGCAUCAAUCACAAAGAAAUCUAAAUGUUUUAUACUUUUCUGUCCCAGAUUUGUAAAUACAGAUCUGUAUGAAUUGGAAAUGGAAGCUGUUACUUACAGUGGCUCAUCCUCUUGUCUCUAUGCAAAGUGGAAGCUCUCCACAGAACUGAACAUACACUGCAAUACUGCAUGUGAUUCAAUACAUUUUGAUAUAAAGUGUGUUGAAGUGUUUGAUGCAACAAAUAAUAUUGUAGUACAGAAAGAGCUUGGAGAUUCAACAAUCUUUAUUUGUUGCUAACGUGUCAUUACAUUGCCCAACCAAUAUGAAAUCAGCUUAAAAAUAACGUCAGAGUAAAUUAAAUGCACAUUAUUACUUGCCUUAAUUAACUUGAAAUCAAGAGUUAGUUUUCAAGUAAAUUUGAUUAAGUUAUCAUAGGCUUCCAUUGUGUAAUAUAAUGUUGGUGACCAGAUGUUUCUAGGUAAGCUUGUUGGUGUAGCCUACACUUUUACUAGGACAAUAAGGUAUUGUUUGUAAUCUAAUGCAGUAACUUUUAAUUAAAAGCCCUUCUCAUUAUUAACUAGAAAUUUGGAGUGUAUAUAAAAUAUUGUUUUCAUUUUUGACAUUUCUGUGUUUCCAAGGCAUGAAUUUUUUUUUUAGCUAUUCUAUAAAAGGCCCGAGCAAUUUCUGCAGUGUGUACCUGCAUAUGGGGUGAUUAUGGUAUACCAAGUGCUAAUUUUUUUCUAAUGAAUUGGGAAUUAAAACAGAUCUUUGGAAUCUUGGGUGUUAUAUUGAAAAUCAGAACAUAACUUCACUAGAUAAUUUUUGUUUUAACAGUAUAUAAUUUGAUAUUUUAAAAAUUGCUUGAUUUCAAUACCAUCUGUAACCCAGCUCUCCCAUAAAAGUUAUUUUAGGGUCUAAAGUUGUGUGUCUCUCAAAGGCUUUGGAUAUUCCAUCCUGUAAACUGAAUGACUCUAAAAGUGUAGACUGCACUAAUAACUCUAUAAAAUCAGAUAUUUGGAAACUUUUUGUUGAUUUAAAAUUCUUUGUGCCACUCACUUUUAUAUUGAAAUAAACCAUUGGAAGACAUCAUAACAUUGUGCUUUAGUGAUGCUGGGUACAGCUUCCCAUUUAUGAUGUUGAAAGAGAAAACUAUCUACCGUAUAUCUGUAUUAGGCCACUUGUGAUAACCAAAUAUUAAUUCAUAGUACUAGUGAAUGACCAAGAUACCUAUGACCAUGGAAGUUUUUUCAUAAGACCAUCGUAAAAAUGUGUGAAUAUUAUCUGCCUUCAAGAUUAAAAUAAGAGCAUGCCUGAAACAAGUUGGGCAAUAGCCUUAAACAAUGGACAAUCUAAGUUAAUGUGAAUUUGAUAUAUUCUCAUAAAGUGAUGAUAGGCAUUAAUAUAGAAAGUUUAUACCCACCAUUUAUACAACUAAUAAUGUUUGAGAUCAUAACAUACAGGAAUCUGUAAACAUUAUGGAAUGUUUGGCCUUAUCAUGUGACUUUAUGAAAACUUAGAACAUGUAAAAAUUUUAAUUUUUUCCUCACUUUUUUCCCAUUUGGGAAUUUCCAAUGUGAGAAAAAUGUUUAUUCACUUUUGAAGGAUUGUGAAGGAUUGGAAAAUUUUUGGCAUAUGGUCACCAUUUAGAUUAGCAUUAGAGGAAAAAAGGAAAUUGUUGCAUAACUAAACCUGGAUGAGAAACAGAUUUGUGCUACCUUUAGACAUUUCAAAUGAAAAGAUAUUGAAUAUUUAUCAGUAUUGUUCAAGUAUACUGAAAACUCCCAUCGACUGGGCAGAGUUGCAAAAGAACUGAUCCUCAAGAUCUGUAAAUACUUUUUUUUUAGAAAGUAUAUAAAUGUGAUAAAAUUAUAGGUCGGCUACUGGGUUCAUUCAUCAUACCUUGAAAUGCCACCUCUAUUAUGAAAGAAACAUGAGUUGCAAACUAGUCAUAUUUCUAGCUUAUGUUUGCAUUUCAUAUACCAGUAGAAUAUAGAAUAGAGAGUGAUGGGUAGUAGGAUUUUUUUCUGAAUGGAGAGUGAUUAUUUCUUUUUUGUCAUUGCUGUACACAUUUGUUUUUUGUCAUUGCUGUACUCAUUUGUCUCCUCUGUCUUGGUGUUUCUGUGUCUCUCCAAUCCAGCUUAGGAAAAGUUAAAUCUUCCAAGACUCCAAUGGCUAAUAAUUAAAAGUUUGUAUUGAUCAAAGCCAUAAUGGUUAGAGGAGACCUAGCUUCAUUCACAUUACCUGCUGAAUGAACAGUUUUAGUGAUUGACGUCAGGCUGUGUUAGCGGUAGAUAGGAAAUAUGAUACACUAGGUACAGUGUUCACCUCUGAUUGCUAUUUAAUGUUUCCUUUGUAUAGAAAAUGAAAAUAGUAUUAUGCUUUAUUUAUGGCUUUAUAGCUUCCAAUUUAUGAGGAUUAAUCACUUGAGCAAAAGUGUUAGCUAUGACAAACAAUUAACUCCAAUUCGACAAAACUUGCUGAUGCACCAUCAAUAACUCACACUGAGACGUAAGGCGAGAUAUCGGCUUUUAUUGACUGGAAGAAGGAACCAGGAGUGAGUGUCCAUCAUACUAUGACCUGGAGACUGAGGCCGAGCAUCAGGCCUCAGAUCGCCUUUAUACAGGGGCCUGUGGGAGGAGCCACAGGAGCAGUCAGCAGGGGGCGUGUCCAGACAGGCACAUAGUUCACCACACUUGCAUCCAGAAAUUUGUCCUUACAUUAAAGUCAAUGAAGCAGAAUUUCAGAAAAAUAGUGAAUUGUGCAGAUGCUACCAUGUAGCAAGUUUAAUAUUACUUAACAAGUUUGAAUUUUUCCUUUCAAUGUCUUCAGGAGAGGGAAAAAGUAGGAGGUAACUGAGAAAAAUGUAUUAACUUAAAGCUUUUUUUAAAAUUCCCAAGUGCAAUGAAGUACUUGCAAAAUCUUCCUAAUAAGUAUAAUAUUUGUAUUUUUUUUCUUUGCAAUUUUUCUUGCCAGGUCUGACCUCUUACUCUGCUGAUUAUAUCCCCAUCUUAACAAAGUUGUGUUUUAUUUUUUUGUAGCACAUCUUUUGGUUAAAUGUUAACAGUUUCUUAGAAGAACUGUUUUUUUUAAAAUUCAGUAAGUUUAUAUAUAUUAUGGAUACCAGACAGUGAUUUGGAGACUUACAGAAACCUGACAAUGGUUUGAAGUCAUCACUCUUACUGAAGGUUGUAAUUGAUGGUUCAUGAUAGUCACCUGAAAUGUUUAGAUGGUUAGCAUAUUCAAAACAUUCUGACAUAUCUGUAACUUUUAUAGAGUUUUGUAACUUUUUUCCCCUUUGAGUUUACUUUCACCAGCUAAUACCACUAUGCCAUACGUUUAAUGUGUGAUGAGUAUUGAAGUUAUGAUAUCAUCUAAGUUUAUCGUGAUAAUUGCUAUCUUGUUACUAAAUCUAUAACAUAAUGCAUUGAAAACUGAAUAACUUGUUCUGGCGAUUCUAUCUUCUCCAUCAUUAAAUAUUGCAUUCUAUAUAGAACUGUUGAGUUGAAGCACUCCAACAUUCUGUUUACCAUGGUUUCCUCGUACCUUUUGAAGGUUUAGUGAAGACGUAAAACUUACAAUAAAAAUAGUGUAUUUGAUGUGUACUCUGUAAAAUUAACUGGUUUUCAAUUGAUGCCAAUUUAGAAUACUACUUGUAGUUUCCUUUUCAUGACCUGAAUCUUCAAUUAUUUCACUACUACCUUGAUUUGCUCUCUUUGUGGAGGCAUAUAUAUCACUGUAUCUUAAUAUCUCUCUAUUGUUACUGCAUAGAAAUAGUGGAGAGUUUAGGAUACAGAUACAAAUUCAUAAUGAGGAUUAAAAAGUUUCUGUGUUACUCCACUAUUAUAAUAGUAGACAUGGUAAAAUUGAACUUGGUAAAACUUGGUAGACACGGUAAAAUUUACACCUAGGUGUAAAACUGAUUUUUUUUUCAUAGGAACAGUUCAAAAUUCAUUUGUAAUUGAAUUGCGAUUUCACAAUGGGCAGUAUUCAAGUUCUACUGUGUAAUGUCAUUAUUAUAAAAAUUUGAUUUUUGAAAUGUUAGCAGACCUGGGGAAUGAUAAUAUACAAAAUGAUAGACUCUGUAUUUUAAACUAUAAUUACAUUUUAUAAUCACCAAGCUGCAAUGGCUUCUGUAGUUCAUGCAUUCUAUGCAGAUGAUUGGUUCAUAAUUCAUUUUUGAAUUAAAAAAACAUUAUUUUAAGUUUUAAUUCCUUAGUAACUAUUCGACCUUAUGUGUUUCUGAUAUGUAUAAAUUGCUAAUUUGGUUCAGAUUACCCUUGCAGAAACACAGCCGUUUUCUAUUGUUUUUUUAAUUAGAAUGUUUUCUCUUUUAAUUGAGGGGUAAUAGUACAGUUUUUUUAUUUUUAACACAAGAUAGUGCAGCAUACACGUAACAGUCAAAGGCAAUUAUCAUAUCAUGUAUGCAUCUUGAACCUAAUCUUAACAAUUUAACCUCUAGGAUGAAAUUGUCAUAUGCCUAUUUGUCUCACAUCCAAUGAAAUUUGUAUUGAGACUACCCAAACAGAACCUCCCUAUAACAUUUAUAUUAUAAUUUCUCCAGGUCAAAUUCAAACUCUUUUUCCAUGAGUAAAAGGACAUACUAGAAGAAGAAUAUAAGAAUGUAUUAGCCUGACAGGGGUGCCAUAUUUUUAAACUUCCAUGUAUUUGGCUGUUGUUAGGGCAUUGUAGAAUCUUAUGUAGAGCUGGCAUACUACCUAAUAAAAGGGUCCUAGAAAUUUUGCAAUGGAACAAAUGCUUGCAUAUGUGAAACACCAACAUUCCCAUUGAUAAAUUGGUGUAAAGUGUGCACAAGAAUUUAUUUUUGAGAGCUUCAUUAUACCAGGUUAUACCAUUACUUAGAAAUUCAUACCUUUGUCAACUUCAAUAAAACUUAAUUUUAAGUGCAGAGAUCUUGCAGCCAUUAUAAUGUAGUGUAUUUAGUGCUAUCAACUGGCAACGGUCUCUAUGCAAGUUGAUUUUGCAGCAUUCUUGGAGACAGCCAAGGGGUAUUUGGCUUAAAAGAAGUUCAUUUGUUUUCAGAGUCCAAAGAUCACUUUGGUAUGAGGGUCUUGCAUAUCAAUCUAAAUUUAAUGUGUAUUUAAUAACACAUUAAUUUAAUGUAUAUUUUUAAACAAGAUAUAUUGGCUGAUCUCUUAUUUUUCCCCUUUUCUUCAAAUCUUUACUUCCAUACUGAUCCCUCCCCAUUAUGUUAUGGUCUACCAAAUACUAAAUAAAUUCGGAUUGAAAUUUGUCCAGGAAAAUUUUAAUAAGCACCUUGAAAAUUGAUGUUAAAUUUUACAAGGGCAUUUUGUAACUGUCAAAAUUAGUGGAAAUUUCAUUAGAUUAAUAUUUAUUUGUGCAAUUUUGACAGCUUAUUGCUAAUUAAUCCUUGCUGUUACAAAGAAAUGAGUUCUAACACUUUUUUGCAUCAUAUUUACUCAUAUUCUGUUUAAAUAAAAUAUAAUCAUGGGAUAAUAUACCAUGUAAGUUUUUAUUUUGUAUGGUGGAGAAUGAUGGACUCAUAUUUUUAAUACUGAAAAAUUAAUUAGUACACAUAUAUUGAGGUAGAGUUCUUGACUCAUCAGUAAUAUAUCCUCUUUUACAUGUAAAUAAUGCCUAUUGUUUAAGAAUCUGUUUCUUAUUUGGAAUCUCUGGUUUUUAUUCUGUAUAUCCAUAGAAAACUGAAAUUUAACUAAGAUUGGGUAGUACUACCUCUAGUUAAAUUAUAAAAUACCUUUACUUGAAUUGAGCAAAACAUUUUCUUAUGCUGUACACCAGGUAUAAAUAUUAGAGUUUUGAGACACAUUUCUCUAUUUUCACAGAAAAUGUAUCUUGUAUUAGUCCUCAUGAUAUGUAAAACAUUUUGAAAUUCUACAUUGUCCUCAGUUCAAAUUGUUAUAUUUGCAAUCUGUCGAUAAAGUAUUCAUUUUAACUAUGAUUUUAAAAUAUGUUUUUCUAAGUGUUUGCUUGCAGUAAAAAUGGCAUGCACAACACUGCAUGUUAUUCAGUUCAAAAGUAAACCUUACCUUUGUUUCUUGGUUUCUUAUUGAGUAAUAAGAUACCAGAUAUUGUAAAUUAAAUCUGUCCUCCAUUUCUUAACAAUUGCUCCAUAUAAUAACUUGAUUUUAAAAGUAAAAUUUCAUUGGAUUAAGACAUCUUGUGAUUUAUCCAGUCAGUGCCUGUUUACACUGAACAACAAUGUGUUGAUAUACAAUUUCUGUUUUCAUAGUGAAAUAAAUGUACCCAUUAAAUUUGAACUGCCUCUCUUUUAAUGAACUGAAUACAUGACCAAUUUUUUCCUGACUUUCUCCAUUGGGAAUCAAAAAAUUUAGUUACAAAGUCUGUCAGUUGCAGCAUCUCAAUUAUUAACAGCUGUUGCAACACUGUCUUACCUGCACAGUCAACUCUUGAUGACAAUUUUAGGUAUUCCUAAAAGUGCAGAUUAUAAUUCAAUACUAUGAUUUUGACCACCAAAUCACAUUUGCUGCCUUCUGUUGCAUGACUUUUGUAAUUUUAUUUGGUAGCUUAAGAGCUAAUUUACUAUAAUUUUAUACUACCUAAAUGAAAACACAGUAUUUGCUGUGUACUCUUUCCUGUUUUAUGCUUUUAGAAAAAACAUUUUAAAAAUUUAUGUUUUAAAAUGUGGUCAAGAUCAGUUAUAUCUGAUAUCAAGGAUUUGAUAACAUAAAGAUUACAUUUUAAAUCAAAUCUUACUGAGUUUCUUAAUACAUCGGUACUUGUUUAGUCUUUCCCAGGUUGGAAAUGGGAUUUUUAGCAGUGCUCUUUUUUGCUACUUUAUUUGUUACAAUGUUUUGGCAUUCCAGUGUUUCUAAAACAUUAAAAGAAGUGGAACUAAACACAGGAAGAAUAUUAAUAUAUCAAAGUAAAUUGAAACACUACUUUUUUCUGAAUUUACAUAGCCAUGUUAUGGCAUAAAAGUAUUCUUUAAGAUCUUCAAUUUAAUUUUCAGUAGAAUCCUGUUCUAUUUGAAAUAAUGUGCUAUUUUGCCUUUAGUGUGCUUAUCAUUUUGUAGAUUGUCUAUUUUCUUUAAAGCUCUUUAGUUGUUUAUCUGUUGCCUUUUACUCAACUCCUGUAGAAACGUAGUGGAGAAACUGGCCUAAAACUAUCUUUACGCGAGAACUCAAGAUAAUUGACCUCCUGUUUUCUAUACAAUUGACAUGGCACACAAACAAGCUGCAAGAAUAAUGAACACAUUUUGAUUCACUGCAAUGCGAUGAAUAUAUUGUGUCAUGUGCAUCACUAAUGUUUAUCUUCAAUUUUUUUAAGGUGGUGGGAGUUGGGUAGUGUCAUAUAGAUGCUUUUUUACAAUUUACAAACUCCAAAAUGUGUAGAUCGAAACAAUAUAAGCUGUAACAAGUUACUCCUUCUGCAUUGCCUAGCAUUUCUCAAUAAAAUGUACACCCCAUAGAUCACAUAAAUUUAGGAAAUAAACAUUUUUUUCACUGUAAUUGUAAAGAAAUCCAAAUGUUAUGAGCCUUCCAUUACCAAUACUAAUAAAUUAGGUAUUUUCUUUUCCUGGCUUGUACUGACACAUUUUUGAAUAUUAAACUAAAACAUUAUUUUAUUUGCUAUUGCCCUAUCAGGUUAUUUGCACAAAUGUAAAUAGUAAAUUGAAAUGUGUGCUAUUCAGUGAAGGGAGGGAUAUAAAAAUAUUUCUUUAUCAACUCAAUUUCAGACUUUACCCUUGAGAGGUUUUUGUUUGGAUUGUUGAGAGAUGUUUUAAAAUUGUUAUUUUUUAGUGAAUUAAUAUUUUUGCCUUGUUAAACUGGUUUAAAUAAUAAUGCAUUUCAUUCUUUGUCAGUAUGACAACUAUGCAGCAGUCACUGCCGAGUCUCCAGAUAACAUUAUUUAUGCCAUCAUAGUAGUUACUGCUUGCAUCAAUGGAUGACAGAACUGCUAAGUGCCAUAAUUUAUAAGUGCCAUAGAAAUAUUUUGGCCCAUUUUGGGAGGCAAUAUUGUUGUAUAGUAAAAAAUUUUACAAUGGCAAGAUAAAUUAUGCUUUCUUUGUAUUCUACCUGUUUAUGGAAAGUUUAAUUAUAUUUGUAGUCAUUUUUUGCCCAUUAAUGCAACUUAAUAUCAAAAUAUUUGAGAUUGAAAACCUAGUAAAGCUCAUUUUGAACCAUUGCACAUUUCAAUAUUUAAUGUUGUAGCAUUAAUAUUGAAAAUUAUUGCAGCUCCAUAAAUAAGUUAAAAUUAUUAUGCAAUUGAUUUGAACUCAACACAGCUUUCAUACACUAUUUUGUUUUUAUAUUACUUUGUUAAUGAAAGGAACACAAUGUACAUUUGUAGAAAAAUACAUUUUUAUCUUAUUAAGUCCUAUUGUAUUUUA